AUGUACCCACCUGCACAUGCAAUCAGUUUGACAAUGACUGAGUUGUCCAAUAACAUGCCAAGCACAGACAGCACGCAAUUAAGCCUUACCAUGACCUCAAUCUUACAAUCAACUACGAAUACGAAACUCGAAGAGGAACCGGCAUGCUAUGCCAGAAGAUUAGCGGGUCGACUCCAAGCUUCACGUCUCCCGAAGCGGGUUGAUCUUGCUCCCAUUCCCCAGACUUCACGGGAACGACUCGAUGCCUCCUUGGCUGAACUGCCUUUGCGCGUAGGUGCGCUUUCGUGGUCAGAAAUUCAGAACGCAGAGGAGAAGGGUAAAACGUUCCUAUACCUAGCGUACGGGUCGAACCUCUGCAAUGAGACUUUUCGCGGCGUGAGAGGAAUUAAACCGCUGAGCCAGAUCAACGUGCUCGUUCCCUCUUUACGUUUGACCUUCGACUUACCUAGUAUACCGUACAAUGAGCCGUGCUUCGCGAAUUCUGCCAUCCGACCGACCGCGCCUGGUUCCAUGCCGAAGCCCUCCUCGAACGCGCCUCCUUACCACAAAGACCGAUGGCACAAGGGUAUGGUCGGAUGCGUGUAUGAAGUUACGGCAAGCGAUUACGCUCAUAUCAUCGCGACUGAGGGCGGCGGUGCAUCUUAUGAGGACAUUCUUGUCGACUGCUAUCCCUUGGCACGCGCCGAUACGGUACCCGACCACCCCUCCACCAUGCCCUUCAAAGCACAUACCCUAUUUGCACCAGUCAAUCCUUCAGCCUCCUCGACAUCGCGCUUCCAUCGUCCCGAUCCUUCCUACGCACAGCCUUCUGCGCGCUACCUUAAGCUUCUGACCGACGGCGCUGCUGAACUUGACCUCCCGACUGAGUAUCAAGAAUAUUUGAACGAUAUCCGCCCUUAUACAAUCACGACGCAGAGACAGAAGCUAGGCAAGAUGCUCUUUCUGGGUGCCUGGAUGCCGUUCGUGGUCUUCCUGAUGCAGCUAGGGAAGAAGUUUGCGGACCCGCAGGGCAGGGUCCCUGGGUGGUUGGGCUUACUUCUAGGAUGGGUCUUCCAGGCUAUGUGGAUAAGCUACGAUGUGGCUUUCAGGCGAGUUUUUGGCGAUGGCGAAAGGACUGAAGGUUUGGACGACGAUGUCAACAAGGGAGAGGAGAGGGUGGAGUGCCCUUGGAGCGAAUUGUGGAAGGAAGGAAGUGACGGUGAUCAUGCAGCCGAAUUAACGGGGCUAUCAUAG